GGGAACUUGUCUCCCUUUUAGGAGAAGGCCGCUGAACCCUGGAGACUGCUGGUACCGCGGGCCGGGCACGCAGCCUCUCCGAACUUCGGUUCCCGCCUCUGUGGAAUGGGUCUGCAAAGAGCCCGUUGGCCGGCGGGCUACGGCAGGGCCUGCGACCCGCGUCCCUCCUCCUGGAGCGUGGGAGUGCUCUUGCCCGGGCGCCACGCCGGGACCCUCUAAGCACGUCUGCAUCACCUCCGGUCGGCGACGCCUCUCUCUGAGUUAUGUCCUACUCUCUGAAAAGGCAGGACCCUGCCCACUCCCAACGGCUAGGGCGAGAUUCAGGUCCCACGGCAAAGGUAGCGCGCGGGGCGUCGCUUCCUGGCUUCCAGCCCUGGCCCCGCCCUCGGCGAGAAUUGGGAACACCCUAGGGUCCCUGUCAGCGCCACUGGAGCCACCGUAGAUGGAAUGUACAGGUCUGAGCUCCAGAGCCUCUCUCCCUUAUCCCCAUUGCUCAGGGAGGUAAACAGCCUGGAGAGAUCUUGCCGGCCUCGCCGCAAACUAGGGGCAGAGGCUUAGGUGGGCCACUGGCCCUCUGCCACAGCUGCCAUCCCCGCCCCUCCAUGGCCCCAAGAGCCCAAGAACCAGGCUGUCUAUGCCUGUUUAGUUUCCCAGGCGGCAAGCGUGACCCUGCUGACCAGGACGUGGUGCACACGGCCCUGAGGGAGACCCACGAGGAGCUGGGCCUGGUGGUGCCUGAGGACCAUGUGUGGGGUAUCCUGCAGCCAGUAUAUGACCAGAAUAAGACCACCAUAGCGCCGGUGCUUGCUGGUGUGGGCCCACUGGAUCCCCAGAGCCUCAAGCCCAACCCCGAGGAGGGACCAGGAGGCCAUUGGUUACACUCUUGCUCUCACAGGUUACCUCAGUCAGGCGCACAGCCAGGCGCACAGCUAGCAGCGAACCGAACCAGGCGGAGCUCUCAGAGCAGUCCCGGCUGCCACCCAGGAGCCCCUCAGUGCCCUCCGUGAUGCCUCCUUGCCCUAACUCGUUGGGUGCAGCCCCCUCAUCUCCAGUCUGCGGGGCCUUCUCUGAACUCCCGCCCCAUGUCUGAGCCCCCAUGGCGGGCGCAGCAGCAGCCAGCAGGAGGCGGCCGCCGCGGGUGAGCAUGCAGGAGCACAUGGCCAUCGACGUGAGCCCAGGCCCCAUCCGGCCUAUCCACCUCAUUUCCGACUACUUCCCGCACUUCAACCCGUUCGCCGAGCCUGCCCUGCGUACCCCAGACCCACGCCCUGCAGUGGCCCCUGCCACCCACCCUGCGCCCCAGCGGCAGCCGGACCUAGAGCCAGAGGGAGACUCAGACGACAGCACUGCCCUGGGCACCCUUGAGUUCACGCUUCUUUUCGACGCGGACAACAGCACUCUGCACUGCACGGCUCAUCGUGCCAAGGGCCUCAAGCCACCGGCCUCAGGCUCUGUGGACACCUACGUCAAAGCCAACCUACUGCCAGGGGCCAGCAAGGCCAGCCAGCUGCGGACACACACAGUUCGGGGCACAAGGGGACCUGUCUGGGAAGAGACGCUCACCUAUUAUGGCUUCACCCGCCAGGACGCUGGGCGUAAGACCCUGCGACUGUGUGUGUGUGAGGACCCGCGGCUGCGGAGACGGCGGCGGGCACCCCCCCUGGGGGAGCUGCGGGUGCCCCUGAGGAGGCUGGUACCCAACCGAGCCAGGAGCUUCAACGUGUGUCUGGAGAAGCGGAGGCUGACCAAGAGGCCCAAGAGCCUGGACACAGCCCGCGGCAUGUCCCUGUAUGAGGAGGAGGUGGAGGCGGAGGUGGCUGGGGAGGAACGUGGGCGCAUCCUGCUGUCACUGUGCUACAGCUCUCAGCGGGGUGGCCUGCUGGUGGGUGUGCUGCGCUGCGCCCACCUCGCCCCCAUGGAUGCCAAUGGCUACUCGGACCCCUUCGUCCGCCUUUUCCUGCAUCCAAAUGUGGGAAAGAAAUCUAAAUACAAGACCAGUGUUCGGAAGAAGACCCUGAACCCCGAGUUCAAUGAGGAAUUCUUCUAUGCAGGCCCGAGGGAGGAGCUGGCCCAGAAAACACUGCUGGUGUCUGUAUGGGACUAUGACCUGGGCACAGCCAACGACUUCAUUGGUGAGUGGGAAUGCAGGGCAGGGGGUCCAGUGGGCUCCCACAUAGCUCCUGACCUCUAUCCCCAACCCAGGCGGGGUACAGCUGAGUGCCCGGACCAGUGGGGAGCGCCAGCGGCACUGGCGCGAAUGCCUGGGCCGCAGUGACCGCCGGCUGGAGCUGUGGCACCCACUGGACGGUGUACCCCUCCAGCUCAGUGACUAGCAGGGGCGCUGGCCGUGCCCUGCUCACCGCUUCUCCCCAAAACUGACCCACAGACGUCCCCACAGAGCUGGGAGGACCGAGGGCUGCCUCACCCCCUCAUGCCCUGGUCAAACUGUUUCCUUCCCGCCUUUCAAGUGUGCCCACUGCCAAAUCAGGAAGCAAGAAUAAACCUCUGCCACA